GCCCCGGGAACGCUCAUUUUAAAUCAACGCCAUGCGGGACGUGGAUUUUCCACUCCUGACCGGCCCACGCCACCCGGCGAAAUACUGUGCUGCCUACGACCCUUCCAGCUUCGUCCAUCGCCAGGUCCUGGCCCGAGCCCGGUGCCCCGCUGCGCCCCGCCCCCGCGCCCAUCCCCGGCCCGCGCCCAUCCCCGCCCCGCGCCCUUCUCGGGCUCACAGCGCCUCAGCGCACUGGGGUCUUCUGAAGGAACCGGAACUCGGCGGGAAAGCGCACCGGGGCGGGGCCUCUGCGUGCGGCACUGCGCGUGCGCGCGCGACCUCUCGCGUCAUUUGGCCGCGCCCAGGUUUUACGGCACCGGCCGUAGGUCCAGGAAGCGCUGGUGACGGGGGACCGGAGGUUGUCCUUGGCAGGUUUUCCUCGGCGCUUCUCCAUGGAGGAGGCGGUACGCACGGCUGCACCCCCGAAUGCUCGCACCUGUCACUGGACGGCGACGAAAGCGGUGGCCGCGCGAGCGCAGGACUGGGCGGCCUGUGUGGGGGUGUGAGCCGCGGCGCCCCGGGCAGCAGCGCGGCCGGCCUGCGGACCAGGGUGAGGUCGCCACGCCUUCCUUUCGGGCGAGCGCCGGGGGCUGACCUGCGGGCGAGCCUGCCCGCCUGGAGUCCGAGAGGGGCUCUUCAGGCAACUUUCCUUUCCGGUGUUCUGAGUCGGAAGCGGUUUUCCGGGUAAUCCGUUGUGAGGAAACCACCACAAAAAACCUAAAUAGUUGUCUUUAAGGAACUUAAAGAGUUUACCUUGAAGAUAGAACAGUGAUUGAGAAUUAAAUUUAAAAGGCUGACUGAAUAGUGGAAAGAGGAGAAAAUGCCUGUUGGCUGGAGCCAAUUGCAGAAGGCUUUGUAGCCCAGCGUAAGGUGCACCCUGGCCUUGAGUGGAGAACGCUGUGGGUUGCAGGAGGAGCUGGGGGAGGCCUGUCUGAGGGGGUCAGGUCAGCUUCCUGUGCUGGGAAAUGAAGUGGGCAGGAGAGGGGUGGCUGGUCAGGGGACUCUGGAAAUCCAUAUGCACACGAUGGACCCAGCUGGUCAGAAAAGGCUUUCUCUCUGCUUUUGGUGUUUGAAAUGUCCCAUAACACAUAGAUUAAAAUAAAAGGGAAAGGAGAAAUAGAUUUUAAAUAGCAUCAUGAAACUUUAUGUAAAAUAAAUGUGGAGAAAAUUUCAUAUGAUAGCCUUAGGUUAGGAAUAAUUUUUAGUGACCUUAGGAUUAAAUGAAUAAAAUUCCAUUAUAUAUAUUGUUUUAAUCACCUCUUUACCUCAUCAGUGGGAGAAGGAUUUCCACCCCACAAUACUAACACUGGGCAGGUGAGAUGGACAGAAGUUUCCUAGUCUUUCGUUCUGAAUGGAAUGGAGAACCAGGGGCUGCAGGCAGCAGGCUUUGUGGUAACAGAAGUGCCUGUGGUUCCUGCAGAAAGGCUUUAAUAAUCGCUUUAAUAAUUCCUUGGGCUGGUGGGGCAAUGGGGCCUACUCCUCAGGCAUAAGCAGGACCUGUACCUGUGCCUGGUCACUGUGAUGACAAUUGUUUGGCAGCAUAGGGAGGGAAACUUGAACUGAGUUCGUUAAAAGUUCUCCCAGUUUUUGUCAGAUGUCAAGGCAACAUGUGAUAUUGGGUCUUAAUUUUAGACCUUACACCCCAUGUAUGUAACUUGCAUUUAGUGAAAGAUAACAUGAAGUGUUAGUAAAUAUUAGUAAAUUAAGUAGUUACAAAUUAGUUAUUUGAAAGUCAGGCUCAUAGUAUAAAUAAAAUCUGGAUGGAAUGCAGUGGCUCACACCUAUAAUCUAGCACUUUGGGAGGCUGAGGCAGGCAGAUUGCUUGAGCUCAGAAGUUACCAGCCUGGGCAACAUGGUGAAACUGUGUCUACAAAAAGUAUCAAAAUUAGCCAGGUGUAGUGUUGCACACUUGUGGUCCGAACUACUUAAGAGGCUGAGGUGGGAGGAUCACUUGAGCCUGGGAAGUCGAGGCUACAGUGAACCAUGAUGGUGCCACUGCACUCCAGCCUGGGUGACAGAAUGAGACCAUGUCUCAAAAAAUUUAAAUUUGGAUUUGUGAGUCUGUUGUUAUACUGGGGUUAGAAUUGUAGAUAAACGGCUGGGUGUGGUGGCUCAGGCCUGUAAUACCAGCACUUUGGGAGGCUGAGGCAGGCAAAUUA